ACAUUUAUUUAUAGGCAAGAAUUCCCAUAGAAAUAUCUCAUUCUCAUUCAACUCCAUUGAACUCUUCUUCUCUUGUUCAUCAAAUCCUCACAAACAUAUAUUUGUUCAAGAAUAGUCAAACUUACAAUUCUUGAUUAGUAAUGGCAUCAACUUCUCUUGCUCUUCCUUCUCUUAAGCUACAAUUCCCCUCAUCUAAGAACUUAUCGUCUAAACGGGUCGUUGUACAACGACCCAUUCAGGCAUCGGUGUCUGAGAGACCACCCUUCAUUUCAUCGCCACCCGUUAAACAACCAAAACUCCCAACCCGAAAAGUCCCUGGAGAUUAUGGACUACCAUUAGUUGGUCCAUGGAAAGAUAGACUUGAUUACUUUUACAAUCAGGGCAAAAAUGAGUUUUUCAAAUCAAGAAUUCAGAAACAUCAGUCUACUGUUUUCCGGACCAACAUGCCACCUGGUCCAUUCAUUUCAUUCAAUCCAAACGUUGUUGUUUUGCUUGAUGGUAAAAGUUUCCCAGUCCUUUUCGAUGUCUCUAAGGUUGAGAAAAAAGAUCUUUUCACAGGCACUUUCAUGCCUUCAACUGAUCUCACAGGCGGUUAUCGUGUUCUCUCCUAUCUAGAUCCUUCUGAACCAAGCCACGCUAAAUUGAAAAAGCUCAUGUUCUAUCUCCUUUCAUCGCGGAGACAUGAAGUCAUCCCUGAGUUUCACAAUAGCUAUUCUGAGCUAUUUGAAACUCUAGAGAAUGAACUCGCCACGAAAGGGAAAGCAGGGCUCAAUGCAGCUAAUGAUCAAGCGGCAUUUAACUUCCUGGCUCGAUCUUUAUUUGGCGUAAAUCCGUUAGACACCGAACUCGGAGCUGAUGGACCUAAGUUGAUUGGCAAAUGGGUGUUGUUCCAGCUUCAUCCUUUGUUGAUUCUUGGUCUUCCUAAGGUUCUUGAAGACCUUGUUAUGCAUACUUUUCGUCUUCCCCCUGCCUUAGUGAAAAAAGAUUACCAAAGACUCUACAAUUUCUUCUACGAGAGCUCAACUUCCGUUCUUGAUGAAGCUGAAAACACUGGCAUUUCUCGCGAAGAAGCUUGUCACAAUUUGCUAUUCGCAACUUGUUUCAAUUCGUUCGGAGGAAUGAAAAUCUUCUUUCCCAAUAUGUUGAAAUGGAUAGGACGAGCUGGGGCCAAACUCCACAACCAGUUAGCUCAAGAAAUCCGUUCUGUCAUUUCAUCCAACGAUGGAAAAGUCACAAUGUCAGCUAUGGAGAAAAUGCCAUUGAUGAAAUCAGUUGUCUACGAAUCUCUCCGCAUUGAACCACCAGUGGCAUCACAAUAUGGCAGAGCAAAGAAAGACAUAGUAAUCGAAUCCCACGACGCAUUAUUUGAGAUCAAAGAAGGUGAACUCCUUUAUGGUUUUCAACCAUUUGCUACUAAAGACCCCAAGAUAUUCGAUAGGGCUGAAGAAUUUGUCCCCGAUAGGUUCAUCGGGGAUUCAGGGGUAAAGCUACUAAAGCAUGUGCUAUGGUCAAACGGACCAGAAACAGAAAAUCCAUCAGCAAACAACAAGCAGUGUGCUGGAAAGGACUUUGUUGUACUGGUUUCAAGAUUGUUGUUGGUUGAAUUGUUUCUUCGAUAUGAUUCGUUUGAGAUUGAGGUUGGUCAAUCACCUUUAGGUGCUGCAAUUACCUUAACUUCUUUGAAAAGAGCAAGUUUUUGAUUAAUAUUGGCUUAAUUAAGUGAUUAGUAAAGUUGUUUAGUGUAUUAUAUUUCAUUGUUAUUAUGAGUUUACAGAACAAUGCCGCUGGCUAGUGAUGGGAAGAAUAUACUAAUGCUGUAGAUGGUGAGGCUUUGAUAUAUUCAAUGUUAUCUGUUACUGAUGUGUAUAAGUUAGUAUAGUAGUUGUAAUAUUUUUUGUUGGAAAAUGGAAUGUAUAACUAUUUUACUCUUUCCAA